AUGCCACCGGCACAGGGACCAGGGCGGUAUGGCCACUGGUACGGCCACUGGUACAGCCACUGGUACGGCCACUGGUACGGCCACUGGUACGGCCACUGGUAUGGCCGCUGGUACGGCCACUGGUACGGCCACUGGUACGGCCACUGGUACGACCCCUGGUACGGCCACUGGUACGACCCCUGGUACGGCCACUGGUACGGCCACUGGUACGACCCCUGGUACGGCCACUGGUACGGCCACUGGUACGACCCCUGGUACGGCCACUGGUACGGCCACUGGUAUGGCCACUGGUACGACCCCUGGUACGGCCACUGGUACGGCCACUGGUACGCAGGUGUCAGUAAUGGUCUGCCCCAGGUGGAGAAGGCCAGGGCGGCGUUCCACAAGGCGUGUCAGAAGGAGAGCUCAGCGCUGGAGAAGGAGAAGCAGGCCAGCGAGGGCUCAGUGACCACUGAGGAGAAACGCCAGAAGGUAACGGCGGCCCGAGAGAAGGCCAGCGAGGAGAAGGAGAAGGCGCGCGAGCGCUACGAGAAACUUCUGGAAGAUGUCACUUCCUACACGCCCCGCUACAUGGAAGAGAUGGAGGCCAUUUUCGACCAAUCACAGGAGGAGGAGGGGAAGAGGAUCGCCUUCCUCAAAGAAUCCUUUCUCUCCAUCCACAAGCAUCUGGACAUCACCAACAACGAGAAUGUGAAGGCGGUGUACAGUGAGCUGCACCACACCCUCAUGUCCAUCAAUGAGCAGGACGACCUCCGGUGGUGGAGGAACAACCAGGGACCGGGCAUGCCCACCGACUGGCCCCGCCUCCAGGAAUGGAUCCCGCCCGUCAAGAAACUCAAGAGACGGAAACAGGACCGCAAGAUCAAGGACAACCGGCCCGUGAUGAUCGGGGGGGUGAAGGUGCGCGCGCUGUACGACUACGUGGGCGAGGAGGGCGACGAGCUGUCCUUCAAAGCAGGGGAGAGCUUCCUGAAGGUGGAGGAGGAGGACGAGCAGGGCUGGUGUCGCGGCGUCCUGACGGGAGGCAGGGAGGGCUUCUACCCGGCCAAUUACGUGGAGAUCGCAGACUGAUGUCACUCAGGACGGGCCUGGUGAUUGGUUGAUCCCCUCAGGCCCUUUGUGUUUACAGUCACACCUGACGUCAUUACCGUAAUAAUUUGGAUGGAUUGUAUUCUGCCAUUUGGUUUUGCUGUACAAACUAAUUGAUGAAUGAAUAAGCUGCACACUUUGGUGGGGCAGUUGGUGUGUGUGUGUGUGUGUGUGUGUGUGUGUGUGUGUGUGUGUGUGUGUGUGUGUGUGUGUGUGUGUGUGUGUGUGUGUGUGUGUACACAUUAGUGUAUAAGGUGUGUUAAAAUGUAUGUUUGUGCAUUAUGUCAGAUUUACACUGUCUCAUCAAAAUCAUUACUUUUAUAACAGAAAUUAGACAUAAUAACAGACAUUACCAAAGUGCAAGAUUAUAAGAAAUUAUGCAAUGUAAUUUAUGACUUCAAUCGAUUUUCAAAAUAAAAGUAUAUCCAUACAAUAAUCA